CAUUUUCCUUCCAUUUCUCGACGCAUCUACAUCGUGUGUCUGCCCCACAAUGUUGGAAUUAAUGCCAUCGUCCAUCGUGGAUGUCGGGUCGACUCGCCUGAAAAAAGCGGUGGACAAAGAGCUCAUCAUUACACGAUGUCGGAAUCGAUUGAAAGGGAAGAAAAAUCUGAAAAAAUAUCUCCCAGAACGGUUCAGCUUCCUGUACCAGUUCCUAUGGAACCAGAUGCCCUCCAAUCUGUACGAGAACAUCAUCGGCAAGCUGAACAAAUCGCACCUGGAGUUCAAAACCAAAGUCAUCAGCUCGAUGGUACCGGACGAAGUGCUGCACAGCCCGGAUGAUUACAAAACCACCAAAUUCAUGACCGCCGUCAUGUUUCUCGACGUUUCCGGGUUCACCGAUCUGUCCGAGCUGUACAACAAUCCCGAAAACGGAGGAGCGUCUAAGCUUUCCCAAGUGCUCAACACGUACCUCGGUGGGAUAGUGCAUGAAAUAUUGGGCCAUGGCGGAGACAUCCUCAAAUUCUCCGGCGAUGCCAUCCUGGUACUGUUCACAGCAAACUCCUCCGUCUCGCUGCCGGACGCUAUCCAUCGGGCGAUUGAUACGGCUAUCAUCAUUCAGCUUUCCUACGGGCGCUACAAGACGGACGUUGGGGUAACGUUACGCAUCAAGAUCGCUAUUUCCGCUGGGGAGGUACACUUUUCGCUGGUGGGAACGCAAGCCUUCUCCCAUUACGUGGUCGCUGGGCAGCCGGUGUGGAAAGUGAAGAUGGCCGAACGAAUCGCAUUGGCCGGAGAUAUCAUCGUGACGUACUAUGCAUGGAGCUACAUACACGACAACGAGUACGUUUGGGAGUCGUGUGCGGACAAGCUGCACCUGAAGAUCAAAGGGUUCACUAGCUAUUGGCGGUCGGCGAAGCGGUUAAAUUUCAGCGAAUCGUCCUACUGGGACGAUCAGGAAGAUGAAGAUCCUAUGGAGCAGGACGAUUCAAUCAAAAUUGACAGUGAAAUGCUUGCCAUUCGUCCACGGCUUAAGUACGUAACGCCACACGUAGUGUCGUCUUCGCUGCAAAAGUUCCUGAUCAAGCCCGUGCUGAAUGCGGUCGAAAACAACGAACCGCUAGAGCUGCUGACCGAGAUGCGUCAAAUCGUGACGGUGUUUCUGAACAUCGUCCUGAAGCCGCGCGAUGUCGUUGAGAUGAUCAAGGAAAUUAAUUCCAUUUUUACCACCGUUUGCAAAAUUGUCGACAACUACGAAGGGAUCGUGAACAAGCUGUCGCUCUUCGACAAGGAUGUAAUGUUUCUGAUCAUCUUCGGGCUGCGCGGGCUGAAGCACGAGAUGGACAGCCAGAUCGCGCUGCACUGUGCGUGCGAGAUACAGGAAACGUACGCGAAAAACCCUUCCAUCAUUUCGUCCUCGAUCGGCAUCACGACCGGCAUCGCGUACUGCGGCAUCGUUGGCCACACGGUGCGGCGCGAGUAUUCCGCGAUCGGGGUGGACGUGAACAAGGCGGCCCGGCUGAUGAUGGCCUACCCGCACAAGGUGACGUGCGACAAGAGCACGUUUAUGAUGAGCAAGCUGGAUCCGGCCCACUUUACGCUGCAGGACGCCAUCCAGCUGAAGGGUUUGCACAAUGUGGGCCCAAUCUACGAGUUUCGGGAGUUUAUUGCGGAACGCGAGCUUCUAAAACCGAUGGUAUACAACUAUCCGCUGGUCGAUCGGGAUCAGUUUAUAGAAAUCUUUCAGGAAAUGAUUGAAGAUGGGCUAGUGAUCGCCCAACAGACGGUACAAUGCACUCGCGCAGACUUUCCAGCGGAUCAGUGGAUUCAAAACUGUCUUCUGAUACGGGGCGAAGGGCAGAUGGGCAAAACCAGGCUCAUCAACGAGUUCUUCUACAUUGCGCUGCGUAACAAACACAUCAGCUCGCUAUGCUUUUCGCUUAGCCUUAAAGACUCCAAGAAACCAUUUUCCGCGGUAAGCCUUUGCAUUUCGCGACCGCUCGGAUUUACCGAAACGAUCACGACCGCGACACGGCAAAACCGCAUGAAGCUGUACCUGCGCGAGCAUCGGCUGGAGCAGCACGUGUCGCUGCUGAACGAAAUCCUCGGCACGAGCUUUAACGAAACGCCGGCGACCGCCGCCCUAAGCCCAGCGGAAAAGGAUGCCGCCCGCAAGGAACUGUUUCGCUUCCUCUGCCAAAAGACAUUCCAAAAUCUUUGGGUGCUGAUUAUCGACGACGCCGAGUUUAUGGACGACGAAUCGUUCGACCUGUUCGACGUGAUCUGGGAAAUGCCGCAGAUCAUUACGGUGCUGACGGUGGGCUACCAGAAGCGGCUCAGCCCGGUGCGCGUGCGCGUUCUCGACAGCCCGCAUGUGUGCCAGGUAAAGCUGCCGCCGAUCGAAACGCUGCUGCACAAGGCGGUCGCCUGCCAGUUUCUGAACGUCAAUGCAAUACCGCUCGAUCUGGAAAGGCUGCUGCAUACGAUCAGCAACGGCAAUCCGGGCUGGAUCAACACGUUCCUGCUGUGCCUGCGCCAGAGCGGCCUCCUGCGCAUCAAGCGCAUGGGCUACAGCGCGGCCCAGGCGGACGGGUAUGUGUUCUGCGAAUCGUCCUUCCUGCACCGGGACAGCAUCAAGUCGAGCAGUACGCUCCGGCCCAGCCUGUCCGACUGGCGGCUGUUCGAGUCGUCGUUCGACAGUGGCGACCCGCUGCUCUACCCGGGCGAGGAGACGCCGUCCCUGUUCAACAAGAUCGUGGACGUCGCGUACCUGGCCGGGCCGGUCGAUACGAAGGAUUACUACACCUCCCGCAACCUGGAAGCGUUCCAUCUGAUGCUGUACGAUUCGCUGUCCGCGUUCGAGCAGCUCGUAUGCAAAUGUGCCGCCUUUUUGGGGCAGAAGUUUUUGCGCGCCUCGCUCAUGUACACGAUGGCGACGGAGAGUGAAUGGGAGGUGGCGAUCGCAAUGAAGAAACUGUUUGACCUUCAAAUCCUAUCGUGCGCAAUCGGCGACUUUAGCGAAGGCUUCCGGUUGGCGCAGAAAAACGUGAACAGCAGCUGGCUGGAGAGUGGGGAAUGUGCCUGCAUUGCGCUGGAAGUUGAUCGAACCUGCAAGGAUCUUCCCAAGUACGCGGUGUGCGGAUAUUCCAAGUUCAAUUCCAGCGAGUUCCACAGCACGGUGUACAAUCUGGUGACGGAGGAACAGAAGAAGCAAUACCACAGCAAUGCGCUCGAGUUUAUUGAAAGUGAAACGAAAAAAUGCAACUCGUGCGGAGCGGUGCCGUUCAAGAAUUUGCUGAGCAGUGAAGAAACGUACGAGGUGCAGGUUGGCUGUCGGAACUCGGAAGCUUCCGGGGAUGGCAACGAGAUGCUGUUCCAGAGUAGCACAAGCCGUUUUUCGUUGUACUCCUCCCAGCAAUCCAUCAUCUUUGACUGCUUUCGACGGCGCCGCAGCUCGUCGCGCCGUGCACCGGUCCUGAGCUACGGUGCGUACAGCUUCGUCAACUGCACCUGCAACAUGAUCCUGUACAACAUGUUCAGCGAGAUCGUGCUGCACAGCCGGGGGGCUGGCAUGCUGGAGAAGUGCGUCGAGGCGAUGAUCGAAUGGGCCCGCAUCUGCAUCAAGCUGUCCAACAUCCCGAAAGCGAUCGCCAUCCUGGAGGAGGCGGAAAAGCUAAUGGCGAGUAUUGAUACGGUAGAAAACAUUGCGCUCGUAACGUAUCUGAGGGGCCGUCUGUACACGGUGAAGGCGCGUGGGAAGUACUCCUUGGAGCAGUUUGAGCGUGCCCUGGAGCUGUACUACCGUGCCGCUCGUACAUUGGGAAUGGAUUUUCCACGCCAACGUUCGCUCGUUCGUCUAAAGAGCAAAUACUACUUGGCGAAGGUGAAAUCGUACCUAAAUCCUACCGGCAAGGAAAAAAACCGCUCCAGCAAGAGUUUGUUCUACAGCUUGAUCGUGUCCCAGAUCGCCAGCUGCUUCAACGGGAUGCACAAGCUGUUCGUGAAGCUGCGCGACUGGGACCGGGCGGCGCUGGCUGCCAUCUGGGGCCUGAAGCACGCGUUGCGCCAUCGCAAGGGCAGCACGGUGCUGGUGAAAUCGUUUGCCAACUUUUUCCACACAGCGUACCACGUUGGCUACUCCGAAAGUAUCGCGUGGAUGCAGGAACGUUCGCUGGAGAUUGUGGCUGAAAACGUUCACCGAAUCGAUGCCGACUAUCUGGAUGCGGUGGUUCGCUUCUAUACGGCGCUGUUUCGUUGCCAGACCUUACGCUCGAAGAAGAUACUCUCGAUCGAGCUCGGCAAGGUGGUGCUGCACAUUAACGACAAGCUGCAGCACCAGUCGGCCGAAUGGGACAUCAUACCGAUACUGUGCGAGCUGCUGCUCUCCCACCGGCGCAUCGCCGAAACGGUACAGACGCUCUGGGCACUGCAGCAACUGAUCGUGCAUCAACAGUCGAGCCCAACGGGGCACAUCUGGUACUACGCGAUCUGUCUCGACGUGCUGCUCGACACGAGCUGCUGCAUCGAGACGUACCGGCGGAGCGAGAACUUUUACUACAAAAAUCGCGAAUCGUUCCUGGCCCAGCGGGAUGGGUUUGCGAGCGCCCGGCUCUUUGCCAACCUGUGGCUGUGGUGCGUCCGGUACGGUGCCUGGGUGGCGGCCGACAACUGGCUGGCGCUGCUGCGCGACCACUUCGUGCUGAGCGCGUACGAUUCGACGAUCAACAUCAACACGGCCGUGCGCAUCCUGGAGGGUAUGGUGCUGACCCUGAUCAACCACAUCGAGGCGCGCAACACCGCCCAGAUACGGCGGGUGCGGGCCAGCAUCGAGACGCUGCUCGGCAGCGUCGAGCAGGCCCUUGCCGUCAACCGCAAUCACGUGGCGCGGUUCGAGCUGAUGCGCAUCUACUACCGGCAAGUGGUGGACCCGCGGGCCGGCGGUACGGUGCGCCGGGAGUUGGCCGCGGCCGCCAAACGGGCCCACCAGCGGAACGACCGUCUCUGCCACGAUCAGAUCGAACACACGGCCAAGUUUUGGCACCGGGAGCUGACGCCGGCGCUGGAAAACUUCUGGCUAGAUCACGCUGCCGGAAGUGAUCGCAGCGACGGGGCGAGCCGCAGCCAGAGCUUCGCCGCCGGGCCCGCGUUCGGCAUCGGCAACGAGCAGCUGUACGAUUAUGCGAGCUGUAUACUGAAUCACGAACGAAUCUAUCCUUAUUCAAUGCCAUUGCCAAGAGCCCGGUUCCGAUGAAUGAAUAAGCAAUCGGGCUGUCCGGAAGAUGUCAUGCCCCGAAACAGCAACCGAUCCACCGUCCCGGCCUAUACCCACUCCUCCCCGCACCGUACAUUCGCCCUGCCCACCCCGGCCCUUCGCUGCGGCAUGCUGACCGCUAUUGCUGUAACUUAUACGCGAUUGAGUGUGUGUGUUUGUGUGCGGUUGAUGCUGAAGAGUGGGAGAAUAAUUUGAAUUUUUAUCAAUGCGUGUGCGGUGUGUGUGUGUGCGCUUAGUUUGGGCGCAGGCGAAGAAUAAGAAGACGAAGAAGAAGAAGAAGAAGAAGGGGAUGGCGCGGAACGUUGAUGAAAGGGUGGACGAAGAGAGGACGAAUCGUAUCCGCUGGCAUUGGUGUUGGUAACGGUUCUCCCGGGAGCUCCGCCGGGCCGGGCCGAAAUUAGACAUACGUGUUGUCCUGUUCCCAUGUCCCCGUGUAGUGAUGAUGAUGUUGGUGCUGGUGGUGGUGGUGGUGGUGGGUAUGUUUGAUAAAUUUUACAUGAGCAAG